AGCCGCGGCCGCGGAGCUGGCGGUCGGGAGCGCUAUGGGCUGCGGCGGAGCUGCCUGAGCCCGCCCCUCUCGCCGAGCUCGGCUCCCGAUGGCGGAGCCGGGCGCUGAAGAACCCGAUGAGCGGCUGCUGCUCCUCGCGGAGCCGGCGCCUCAGGCAGGGCCGCCCUGGCGGGCGCCGAAAGCGGGCAAAGCCUCCCCCGGUGGGGCUGUGAGGCUGUGUGAGGAGCUGGGGCUUGAGGAGGAGGAGGAGGACUCGGGGCCCGAGGGGGACGGGGAGGACGAGCCUUUGCUGCGGGCAUCCGGCCGCGGCCGUCGAGCGGGCGCCGCCUGGGAGAAGGAGCCCCGCGCCGCCGCAGGACAUACUGCUGAUAUGAAUAUAUUUUUAGAUGAUCCAGAAUUUGCAGAAAUUAUUCUGAGAGCAGAACAAGCUAUAGAGUGUGGAGUUUUUCCAGAAAGAAUCUCUCAAGGAUCCAGUGGGAGUUACUUUGCCAAGGAUCCAAAAGGGAAAAUUAUUGGAGUGUUCAAACCAAAAUCUGAAGAGCCUUAUGGACAUCUAAAUCCAAAAUGGACCAAAUAUUUUCACAAAGUUUGUUGUCCUUGCUGCUUUGGCAGAGGCUGCCUCAUUCCAAAUCAGGGAUACCUCUCUGAAGCUGGUGCCUAUCUGGUGGAUGACAAGCUGGGGUUGGGAGUUGUACCUAAAACUAAGGUUGUCUGGCUUGUCAGUGAAACCUUUAAUUACAGUGCAAUAGAUCGUGCAAAGUCAAGAGGAAAAAAAUAUGCUUUAGAGAAAGUGCCAAAAGUUGCUAAAAAAUUUAAUCGCAUUGGACUACCUCCUAAGGUUGGCUCCUUCCAGCUGUUUGUUGAAGGGUACAAGGAAGCUGACUAUUGGCUCAGGAAGUUUGAAACUGAUCCUUUGCCUGAGAACACAAGGAAAGAAUUUCAGUCACAGUUUGAAAGAUUAGUUAUCUUGGAUUAUGUCAUCAGAAAUACAGACAGAGGUAACGAUAACUGGUUAGUCAGGUAUGAGAAGCAAGAUGAUGGACUUGAUCUGUCUGAUAAGGAUAGUCAAUGGACUAUAACUAAAGAAUCUACCAUUAAAAUUGCUGCAAUUGACAAUGGUUUAGCAUUUCCUUUCAAACAUCCUGAUGAGUGGAGGGCAUAUCCCUUUCACUGGGCUUGGCUUUCUCAAGCAAAAGUUCCUUUCUCUCAGGAGACCAGAGACCUAGUUCUUCCUCGCAUUUCUGAUAUGAACUUCGUACAGGAUCUUUGUGAAGAUCUUUAUGAGCUAUUUAAGACUGAUAAAGGAUUUGACAAGGCUACUUUUGAAAACCAAAUGUCCGUUAUGAGAGGGCAGAUAUUAAACCUUACUCAGGCGUUAAAGGACGGAAAAAGUCCCCUUCAACUUGUGCAGAUGCCACGUGUGAUUGUGGAGCGAAGUAGCACUGGAGGUCAGGGCCGAAUUGUUCAUCUGAGUAAUGCAUUCACACAGACCUUUCAUAGCAGGAAGCCUUUCUUUUCCUCCUGGUAGCAACAAAAAUACGUGAGAAGAGUAAGUUUCUCUUAACUGUAGAAAGGUACUUCUGUGUAGAGGCUCUGCAAUAAUGUACUGUUUCUGCUGUAUACCAAGACCUGUAGCUGCCGACACCUCCGAACUUAAAUCCUAAAGACUUAAGAAAUGUAUUUUGAAUGUAAUAAAAGUUUACAAUUUUUGUGUCAAAAUUAUGAGUUCUUAUGUCAGGGAAUGAGAAGAAUUUGUCCAUAUUGUAUUUUUAUAGCCUAAAUUAAUCUAUUCUGAAUAAGGGAAGAUACCCAGUUGGCAUAUGCCAAGAAAUUACUUUUGAAUACAACAGGAAUUCUUUUUGUUUAAUAUAAAUGAGAACCUGUACACUUAAUAGUUUCUUCAAUUUUCUUUUAUAUGGUCUUCAAAAAAAAAUGUAGAAUGUUAUCUUUGAUUGUGAAAAUGGUUUUUCUUGGAGUUUCUUCCUGAUAUUUUAAACUGUUUGUAGAUUUUCAUAGGCUAGUUACUUGAAAAGUCAUGCACUAAAAAAAAGUAAAAGGAAAACUGUCCUAGACAAACAAGUGAAAGCAAAGGAGAAGGGGAAGAAAAUGUUCCAAGUAGUUUUUUUGCACAUGGGGACCAAAAAUUAGUUAAAUAGUUGACUUACAGUGAAAUUCAAUGCAAGUAAGUACGCACAGUUCCUACUGUGACAAAAUAAACUGAGCGUACGUCUCAGAGGUUGAAAUUUCACCUCUAGUUUUCAGAACUUGUGUAUUUAAGUACAUGUGUGGAAAAUUGUGAUAUUUCUUUAUAGAUCCAUCACAAUUGAAGAAUUACACCAUGUUGUUGCAGGUUUGUUUUGCCAUAUGCAUAUAAAUGGGUUCAUCAGUUGUCACCAAAGUGGUUCUGCACUAUUAAUGACAGAAGCACUGAUGUGUUUGUCACAAAGCCAGUCUGCCUUCUAAAUUUCUAUCUAAACUCACCAUUUUUUUUACUAAAAAACCCCAACUGUAGUAUAUAGAGCACAGAGACUUUAUUAUCAUACCCUUAAAAAUGUCCUGCUCAUCUGCCAGUUGACAUUUGCAUUUAUGUUCGAGUUAGGUGGUUUAAGACUUGAUAGUCACAUUUCUAGAUCUGUGGCUUAUGUAAUAUGAUACUUUUUUUUUUUUUGUUACUGAUUUUCUGGAUGGUUGAGACUGGAAAGGGGAGGGAAAAUUGCUGCUUUUAUGAAACCUCCAGUACUUCUGACAUUGCUGUAUUUUGUAAUUCUAAGCAAUACUGUUGAACUCAAAAAUAAUAAAAUGCUUGUAUUUUGUAUAAUUUUGAGUGGGUGUAAAUAUCACUGUGGCAUGUCAGCACUUCACUUAAGUAACUGAAACGUUUAAGCCUUAAAAGUAAAACUCCCUGUAGGUGGAGUUCAGAAUAAGCUUGGGAAUGACCACCUUUAUAGACUUUCCAUGAUUGUUCUUAUCCAAACUGUUUACUAAAAAAAAAAUAUUGUGUUUAUGUACCAGACCUGCCUACGGAAGAAAAUAAAUGUCACAGUUGCCGAAUGCCCGGG